AUGAGUUAUUUCUUCCAGGCAGUGACCAAGUCAUAUACAGAGGUGCCCAUAUCGGCCGAUGGAGCCAUUGACACGGUUUCUUUCUUGGAGGCCACAGAGAACCUGAUUAAGCUGUUUGAUUUCAUCAACCCAACUGCUUUCUCUCUUGUAAAGGGCGACAUGACGGGAAACGUCGCUAAAAUCCGAAACAAAUUCCUCACAGCUCCACUUGCCCUGACCACUCUACAAUCCGUCGUCAUCUCCGAAGUCAGCAUACAACCAAAAACCGCUACUGAGGGCUUACUGUGGUUGGAACGUGGACUCCUGUUCACCGCACUCGCACUAAGACGUAAUGUCGAUAACCCUAACGAGGAAUUGAGCAAGAGUUUCCAAGAAGCUUAUAAAGUCUCGCUUGGUACUUAUCAUAACUUUUUGGUCAGAACUGGUGUGAAUCUGGCAAUGAACGCAUGUCCAUCUCGCAAGGACUUUUAUGCCAAACUAUCUCCUGAUCCUUCUGAAGUCUCGGCAAAGCUAGGAUCAUGGUUGGCUGCUCUGGAAGCAAUCAAUGUGAUAAUCAACAAGUUCUUUGUUGAUGGUGGUCAUGAUAAGGGUCCAUUCGUCUGA